ACUCUGAUUUCACCAUUCAAUCUCUCAUUGCUUUACCUUUCUCUCUUCUCCGAUUCGAUUCUAUCGAAAGAAACCCUCCGAAUUCGAAAAUGGCACCAACGAAAGGCGAGAAGAGGCCGGCGGCGGAGAAGAAGCCAGUAGCAGCAGAGAAAACGGCUAAGGUCGAGAAGAAGAUCUCAAAAGAAGGAACAAGUGACAAGAAGAAGAAGAAAAUCAAGAAGAGCAUGGAGACUUACAAGAUUUACCUAUUCAAAGUUCUGAAACAAGUUCAUCCUGAUAUAGGAAUUUCUGGAAAAGCCAUGGGAAUUAUGAAUUCCUUCAUCAAUGACAUUUUCGAGAAGCUUGCUCAGGAAUCGUCUCGUUUGGCUAGGUACAAUAAGAAGCCAACGAUCACUUCUCGGGAGAUUCAGACCGCUGUUCGAUUGGUUCUUCCUGGUGAGUUGGCCAAACACGCUGUCUCUGAAGGAACCAAGGCUGUUACGAAGUUCACCAGUUCUUAGAUUUUCGAGAUCUUGUUUAUGUUAAUGGCGAUGGUGAUGAUGAUUAAGGCUUUGUUUAGUUCUUUUUUGAUUUUGAUGAUGAUGAUAUUGUUUAUAUAGUGACUGAUUUUAAAUCAAUGAGAAAGUAUUAUCAGAUUUUAUGGUUCA